UACUCCAAACUUGAGAGUUGAGGCAGCAGUGACUGGAGAACUUUGUUGGAUGUCACUGACAGCUUUGAUGUAUGUCCAUGGAUGUCGGGUUACAGAAAUGUGUGAGGAGAGGGAAAAAAGAAAAGCAUUCUAAGCAAUCUUUUUGCUCCCUUGUCUUGGAGGAGCUUUCUCAGGAUACCUUCUUGGGAGCUUGUGAUGGACACUGGCCUUUUUUCAUGAGAUUAUGGGCAAGCUGAUAAGCACUGACUUUACCUGAAAGCAGCUGGACCAGUGAUGAUGAUUCAAACUGAUUUUCAACCGUAUGCUGAGGAAAAAUUGCAAAGUUGAAUGAGUAAUACUAUGAAACAUUCAUACUUUCACCACAGGGUUUAAGAAUACUUAUCAAACCAUAUUAGAUGCACAGUGCUUGAAGUGGGACGGUACUUACUGAUAUGCAGCAGGCCUUCCGGCAGUUCUGUGCUAUGCUGUUUACAGUACCAGACAUUUUUUUGUCGUACCGGCAGCUUAGUACUCUUUUCUGACCUGCUUGAAAAAUGCUGGAUCACUGCCUGCUGCAUGGAUGUGGACACGCUGGAUCUCUCUCGCGCGUGAGCGUGGACACAUUGGGUCUCUUUUCACUUCAAGCACUGGAUGUAUCAUUAUAAAAAGAGUGAAAACUUUCAGGAGGUACUCUGUCCAAGCUGUAUACUUCUGUCUUUAUGGCCAAUAGUUCAAAUGGAACCACCUUUUAAACUACAAAUCAAUAAAAAUCUACAACAAACUGUGCAGAGUAAAUUAUUAAAAAAAAAAAAAAAAAACAUUUUCACAACGCAUUUUCUGUGUGGACAUGAUUUGGACUUCAGUGGACACGGAAGUUACGCAGCGUGAUUGGAAAAGGCGGUCCAAAGACGUGUCUACACGCAGCAAGAAGUUUGCGAUACAGUAAGUGUAUCAACAUUUGGUACAACAUUCAAAGGACAAAGCUCCUGUAUGCUAAUGUGUCAGUAGCCCAUGCUACAAUGGAUUUGAGGUGGAUGAAGAUAGACUCACCAGUCAAAGUUAGAUCUUCGAAAUAAUGCCAUUAUUUCAUUUGGAGUGGGAACCUUUGCAGAAAUCAUGAAUAUUGAAGAACUUCUAGCAACUUGCACACUACAUUUUUCAGGGAUUACCCCUCAGUAUGCUUUAUAUUGGAACGCAUCCUCCUCAUCCCUGUUUGUGACUUCUGAUUGAGUAGAUGAAGAAUUCCAAGUGGGAAGGAAUAGAUGAUUGCUUUCCGAUAAAGCCUUAAAUCAAGGAUAAGAUGGGAUAUCUGCAAACACUUUGACCUCCAAUAUGAUGCUUAAUACAAUGUGUUUUGUGAUAUGGAAAGUGAGUGGAUAUAUUGGUGUCAUGUCCUCAGUCAUGCAUUGCAUUGUACAAUAAUGCAAUUGAAGCUGGUAGAAUGGAAGAAGAACAUGAUUUCAAGAUUUUUUGGAGGGAAGUUUUUUUACAUUGACAAAUCAAGAAUUGUUGUUAAUGUAAGGAUCACUCGUAGACUGAAGAAACCUUCAUUUUGAUACAGCUGCCUGAAACUGUCACAGUACAUGGCAGUUUAUUCAAGAUUUGACUCAAUCAUUGCAGGGAUGUUUUUAUCCAGCUUACUUGGCAACAGCGCUCAGAUGGUUUCAUGUAUCCAAAAGCUUCCAUCCAGAAAUAUUUGGGUUCCUUUUCCUAUUUUGAAGAAAAUUAUCUGCAGGCUUUUUGGAGUGCAUUAAUUCUGAACUUCAUAAUUCGGUAUAUUUGGAGAAAUGUUCUGCUGCUGUUUUCAUGGAUUUCCACGUUUACAUCAUUGACCUGAAAAGUGGACAUUGUGGCAGAAUGAUUUUCUCCUCUACUUCUUCUCAAGAACAUGCAAUGGACAAGACAUGUUGGGAAGCACCCCUAACCAAACAUCCUCACUGCCUUCGGCGUUCCACGAAAAACACCAAACAAAGAAGACCAUAUCUAGCAUCAACAAUGGUGCAGAGACCUCUUCUGAAGAUGCAGUCCCAGAUGAAAACUCUUCUGCCAAAAGGCUGGAACUCUGUGACAACUGUCCUCAGUGUGAUUCAGAAGAAGUGUGUUUACCUGAAACCAACCAGAAUGCUGCGCCUUCUUCUGUGAAGGAUGACGCAAGCCUACAGAACAAAAAAGAUGAUCACAAGAUUGCCUUACUCUCUGGUCAAGAGGAGCCAUAUUUGUCACCUCUCAACUCAUCAAAGAGAUGUUUAUUUAACUGCUCACCUGAAGAUGAAACAUUCACUGUGGGAAAUGGCAAACGAAAAAGAAAAAGUGACUACAGUCAGCCUGAGGACUACAAAGGGUCUAAGAUUGGCUCGGAUUGGGAGGACAGAGGGAACAACCGGUCCAGUUGUGAGGGGAAAGAAAACACACCACAUGUCAACCUGUCCUUCCAGCCAGAGCAAAUGAGGAAGAAGAGGUUUUUGAAUGAAAUUCCUGAAACAUUUGGUCAAAAUUCAGAAGAUGGAAACUCCACUGCAAAAAUGCCUGAUCAGCCAUCUGGAGUGCAUACGUCCUGGCAAAGUAGUCCUGUUGAACAAAUUAAAAACAUUGCUGAUAGGAGCAUUGAAGACCUAAACAAUGACAUCAGUGAGCCAAUCAGAAUAAGCAAUUUUUCCCACUAUGCCAAAGUAAUUUAUUAUCUCAUCAUAUUUUGGUGGCAACAGAAAAAGCAUGAAAGGCAGGAUGUCACCAUUUCAGUUGGUGGAUAUUCAGUACGGUUGCAGGGAAGUGAUCUGUACUGUUGUCCAGUCAGAAAAUAUGAGAAAGAGAUACAACUUCACGACAAACAUCUUAAUUAUGCAAGACUGAAACCAUCAAAAGAAAUUGCUAAAAACUAUUCUGAUACAAUUUGGAACUACAUUAAGGGCAACCAUGACAAGGUGGAAUCUUGUGUACUGACACCUCAAGACGCCACUGCAGUGUGUGCUAUUUUGUUCUCAGAAGUUAUUAGGUAUCCUAGCAUGUUUUUCCACAAUAUUCUUUUGAUGCAUUGUUAUAAAUCAUGGAGUGAGUUUAGUGACUAUCAUCCCAUGGUAACAGGAGGUUCAUGGAAACAUCAGAGCAAAGAAGAAAAACCUCCAGAGAAAGUUGUAAAGAGAGAACAUGAAAACCUUGUAUUUUUUGCUAAGAAAAUAAUGAGGGAUGAGGGGAAAAGAGGCACUCUAUUUAAAGUUACCUUGCAAGUUUGAAGAACCAGAACCUUGGGAAAAUGUGUGAAUAACACACAAAUAUAAACUGCGGGGCUCUUUUUGAGAGAGGCUUUUGGGGUAUGGGAGCUGAACACGCAGCAACCCUUGAAGUUUCACCCGAAGAGAGGUCUCCUAAACCAAUGAAUAUUUUUUUAUAAUUUUUUUUACUAUUUUUAUUAUAUUUAUGAUUUUAUUUAAUAUUUAUGUAUUUAUACUAGCGUUUUACACUAAAUAUGUUAAUAAAUAUGAUUUAUUGACUUCA